CGACAAAAGAACUAUAUAAUUUUUUUAUGACGUUUGCAAGUACGCUAACAAAAUACUCAGUGUAUAUUGAGGAUUCGAGAACAGAACAGACAAAAAUCUACAGUGACGGAGCUAAUUUUACAAAGUCCACAAACCAAAUAUGGAGGCCAAGUUAGUCGCAGUUUGUAUUUUUCUGACAUGGGUAAAGCUGACAGAUGGGCGACCUUGUACCUCCAACCAGAGAGGUACCUCCAACCAGAGAGAGUACGUGUACGUCCGGUAUGGCCAAUACCAGGAGCUGCAGUGUUGUGAACGCGACCAUGCCGAACUAUUGGACACCCUCUGGUACAAAUAUAACGAAGAAUCUCAGUCGUGGGAACUUAUAGCGCCGGAUACAUCCGACAUUCUAUUUUUGGAAUGGAAUGCCACUCUUGCCAUCAAGCACGCGCAGUUUUCCGACACCGGACGAUACAAAUGCACGCGCCCUUCCGGAAAGUCAAUCCAAUCAGAUGAGUCAGGGACAGUGUUCGAUCUAAAAGUCGUCGCCUGUGACCAGCUAGCGCGUGGUCCUUUCCCAAUAGCGCCAUUGCCCUGCGGUGUGACGUCAGCAAAAGUGGGUGAUCACGUGACUAUCCCUUGCACAGGAUAUUUUGGUUGCGAUCAAGAUGCAAUCAGAAUGGUGACAUGGUUCAUGAAAGCCAAGGCUAGCAAUUAUAGCUCGUGGGCAGAAGUUCCUACAGCAGACGACAGAAUCACGCAAACACAGAUCGACAAUCAUGAUGGCGUCUUGGCGUCAAAUAUGACCGUCUCCAACGUCGAAGUUCGGGAUGCAGAGCUUGAGUUUAUGUGCAUCCUCUUCUCUGAUCAGUAUUUUGAGGAUCAGACGAAAGUGUUCACAUCACUCUACGUCGUGAAUGAGAAGGAGACAGGAGCGGACGCAUCGAUGUUUCUUCCGGUGAUAAUCAUUCCUGCAGCAGCAGUGUCCGUUGUCUUAGUGACGUUACUAGCAAUGUGUUUAUGUCACCUAAAAGCGAGGCGGAACUUAAAAUCUGCGUCAGACGGAAACGUUAGUGACGUCAAGCGGUUCAUUCACAGACAGAUCGUUACCACCGACGCAGUUAAGCUGAGUCUUGUUUGAUCUGAGUCCUUGUGUUGUAUCAAAGAUUUCGUAGGAAAUUUUAAGUAACGACGUUAUUUUGCAGUUUAGAACAUAGUCGCUUUAAUGUGAUCUGUAUGUACCUGAUAAACAAGGGCUUGUGGAAAUUACACAAAAAACUGUAUAAAAUGUCAUCAUUAGAAUUGCAAUAGAUAUUGGUACUUUGGACGCGUACUGUUUCGAAAAUAAAGAUAUCGCGCUGUGUAUUUUCCAUACGAUGGUGAAUAUUAUUUCUGGCACUUUAUUUCAUGGAUAUAAGGAUAAGAGUACUGCAAUAUUCAAUAUGCAGACGUUAUAACACAGCGCUGUACCGGUAACUUUUACAUAACGUAUUUGACAUGCUGUCCAUGCCAACCUUUCUCUUGAUCUGUGCGCAUUUAUUUAGCCGAAUGUUGUUAACUUAUUUGUCAUUUGUUAUAUGAACAUCGCUCUAGGAAAACCGGGACUGGCUCGUUUGCUUAAAGUGUCGUCCCAGAUUAUCCUGUACAAUCAUCACAUACUAAUCAGGGACGAGACUCUGCGCUGUAAUGGUAGUUUUUGUUUGAAUGAAGUUUUCCUUAAUGCAAAUCCAGUUUAUUUGGAAAGUGUCGUCCCUGAUUAGCCUAUGAAGACUGCACAGGCUAAUCUGGGACGACAUUUAACGUACAUGCAUUAAGCCCUGUUUACACAGAACGUUGCUUAUAUCAUGAUGUAUUGAUAUACAUGUAUACAUUUUUCAUGGUGUGUUUAAUUGUUUCUACAAUUGAUUGUUCAAAUUGUUAAUUUAUGUUAAUAUACAGUUCAAUUAUGUUGAUGUAUAUACAUUUAUAUGUUAAUAUAUAUGUACUAUUCAAUAUUGUUCGUCCAUGUUAUGUAAAACAUUUCUUUGAAAAUACGUUUACAUUUUCAUGCAUUUUAUGGUGAUUAUUUUACACAACAAAAGAUAACACACAUCAUUAAUAGAAUAAAGUAUUUGCUAAAUUG